GCGGGCCAAUCGGAAGGAGCGUGGGCGGCGCCUCGGCAGCCGGCUCGAGUCGUCGCGCAGGUUUAAAGGCCGCCUCCUCAAAAGUCGUUCAGCCGUUUGGCGUCGCCGCCGUUCGCUCGGGACCGAACCUUAAAAAAAAAACAAACAAAAAAAAAGCAACUUCGGACAUUUUUUUUCUUUUUACCUCCAGGUUCUCAACAGAAUAUCGCAGACAAUGAACAAGUCCAACAGAAAGAGGAGAAUCUCACUCGUCCUAUAGAACCGCGUCCACCUAUAAUCGGCAAGCAGAAAGAAAAUGUCUGUGGAGACCAUCCAGCGGUCGUCGAAGCAGCCGACAAAGCCGGCCCUCUCCGCGACGUUCCCUCGCCUGAAGCCCAAGGGCCCGGUGGGUGCCGACUUCUGCCGGCAAAGUCCGUCCGCGGCCAGCAGACCCAAGCAGAGCGCAGUGGAGCGGCUGGAAGCGGACAAGGCGAAGUACGUCAAGAGCCAAGUGGCGCUGUCCAAGCAGCAGCCGCUCCGGCCUCCCGACGUGCGGAAGCCUCAGCUCGGCCCGGGCGCUGCCGCACUCAGGCCUGCCAAGAAGAUACCCGUCCAGCCCAAGAGAGAGCAGGAGGCCAUCCAGCUGGACCUGGAGCAUCUGAGCAGUCUGAUCAGCGACGUAUCCGACGCGGGUGCAGGGUCCACGGAAGCCGCCCCUUUGCUGACUCCGGAGAAGAACGACACGCCGGAGCCGUUCUCGCGUCAUUACAGCUCCGGUCCCGCCAAGGUGAGACUGAAGGCGGCCCGGGUGGAGAGUCCGGGAUCUCCGGCGUCGGGAACGGUGCGCCGAGUGGACGUCAUACCGCAAGCCGCCCGAGUGAGGACCCCUCGUAGGCCGCCGCUCUUCAUCCGCCAACCGCUUCAGCCCCUCCCUCUCCACGCCCAGUUUCCCCUCCGCCCGGCCACCUCGCACAACCACCUCCGCGCAAAAGCCACUCCGUCUCCUCUGAAAGCCGUCGCCACUCCGCCUAAACCGGACACCCCGCUCGCACCCCCGAUUCCCGUCUUCCCCGCUUUCCCCCCUCCCUCCCCGGCCGUAACCCGUCUAUCCGGCUCCCCCCGCAGCCGGAAGCGUCCGUCCCUGACCCGCUCCAAAUCGGAUAUGAGCGAGCAAUUGUCCCGGGCUAGCACGGAGCUGGAGCGCUUCUUCAACAUGUGCGGUUUGGACCCCGCGGACGUCCAGGAGUUUCCCGGGUCCACGUCUGACAUCGUGUCUCUGGCCCGCUUCCGCAGCGUCAGCGCUCCGGGGUCGGAGUGCGCCAGUUCUGGCGCGCGGGACGAAGACUGUGGCGACGACGAGGCCGAAGAACGUGUCCCCUACGGCGUCUCGGUCAUCGAGAGGAACGCGAGGGUCAUCAAAUGGCUUUACGGGGUACGUCAGGCAAAGUGAACGCAUCGGAAGAGCUUUGGACUGGGGGGGGAAGGCUGUCCAGGUUCCAGCAAGUGUCCAUCUGGAAUUUACCGAGUCUAGUGCCCGUCUGACUUUACAGGUCCACAUUCCAAAACAUGAAAGUCGCCUUGAGUGGUGUCCAAACUACGACCGGACCGGUUUCUUUCGGGGUCGCCACGGCGCGUCAUCGCAGAUGAAGGCACAAUUUUUUACGCCGGAUGCCCUUUCUGAAGCAACCAGGGAGUGGAGGCGGCAGCGGGAUCCGAACCCACAACCCCUGGUUUACCAAACCCGUGCCGUAACCGCUGAGCUACGGGGACCCCUUGUCCAAACUAUGGCCGACAGGUGGAAAUGAACGCGUGACUCGUACCUUUCGCGGCCGACUGCUUCCUCCUGCACGGAAGCAAUAAAGCGCUCCGUAGUUAGCAAAGCUGGCUUAGUCAAAUGGAGACAUGACGAAGGAGGUGAAUACGUUCACUCGUUAUAAAAAAAAAAAAAAUCGACGUACGGUGCACGGGCCCCGCAGAGCGAAUGAUGCAUUUUUCAACUCUUUGCAAACAGUUUGUGCGGAACAUGACAGAAAAUGCGUCAAAUUUUGCAACUGCAGUGUAUAUUUCCGGGGUCCUGAACACGGGCGCCCCCCUGGGAAGUUUAAAAGUUAGCUUGCGACACAAAUUUUCCGGAUUGACACAAAACGUGGCGGACGGGACUGAAUGAAUUGAACAGGAUGGCGGCCAUUUUGGGUGCGGGAGGGCCUGCUCGGGGAUUGAACUUUUUUUUUUUUUUUUUUUUUUUUGACUAAUGGCUGACAAACUGGAUUCAAGUCAGUUGCCGUAUGUAAUUGUUGAUGAUUGAGUUUGUGAUUUGGGUCGAAAUGCUUUCACGUUGUCGUAUGAUUUUUGUUUCUGUUGUAAAGUUGCUGUUUUUUUUUUUUUUUUUUUUUUUUUUGUGUGUGUUUAUG